AUGAGCGAAGAAACGGAAGAACAAGUGGUGGUCAGAAAUGACUCAUUCGAGUUGGCCAGCGUGUUUAGCUUCUCGCUUAAUCAACGGAUUCUACCUCAUUGUGCGACGUCCGCACGGAUCGAGCCGGAUACCCGAGAGACGUUGGUCGUUGUCAGUGCAUCUAACAAAAUUAUACUAAGAAAUAAUGAGAGUUCUUUACAUAUUCCCGAGAAGAUCAAAUGUAUAACUACCGUACCAUUUGGUCAAGGAUACGACUAUAUCGUCGUGGGAACGGAAAGCCAGAUUAUGGUCUAUGAUUUCCACCAAAACUCCACUGUUUUCCGCCGGGAUAUUCCUGAUGGCGUGCACUGUUUUAUUGUCGGUAAACUCGGCGAUAGGGACCGUAUGAUUCUUUGUGGUGGGAACUGCGCAAUUUGGGGAUUCGACGAAACUGGCAAAGAUGUCUAUUGGACGGUAACUGGUGAUUCGGUGACCACGAUGUGUUUCUGCGAUUUUGAUGGCGACGGGGAGAUGGAGCUGAUCAUUGGCUCGCCGGAUAGUGAGCUUCGAAUUUUCAAGAAUGAUCUGAUGAGAGCUGAACUCAUGGAAACUGACGCUAUCGUAGUGCUUCAAGGAUUUGACAAGAAUCGUUUCGGUUACGCCUUAGCCAACGGUACUGUGGGGAUGUACAAUCAAGAUCAGAGAUUAUGGCGUAUCAAGUCAAAAAGUGUCAUAACUGCUAUAUUACCAUAUCCAAACGACGAUAUGGUCACAUGUAUAUGGAAUUCUGGGAAGAUCGAUGUUCGAUCGAUAAGCGAGAAUGGUGAGGUUGUAUGUCGAGACUCCUUGAGCGCUGGACAAAAUGUUAUUGCUGGAUUCGUAUCAAGAAUAAAUGCUGAAGACGAGGUCGAGUUUACUGUAGUGACUGCCGACGGCAAAGAUUUGCCGAGCUUACCAAGACAAGCAGAAAGUAUGGGUAAGAAAGACGAGGAUCAUAUAAAUCAGUCGCUUUAG